AUGCUAACUACCAGUAAAACCUUCCACAUGCAUACUGUUGAAGAAUUGACAGCCAUGUCACUCUUCCAGCGUUUCCAGACACACGACUGGCGUCUUGAAUUGUUCACUUUGACCUUCUGUGUUGUAUUCGCUGUUUUGUACAAGGUAGGUGACUUGUACAACAACAGCAAGGUGACUAGCUUCCUCAACGGAGUUCGUGGUGUAUUUGAGAAGAACUUCGCCCUCUACGGUGUUGGCGACAAGCAAUUGUACGUCAAGGACAGUUCUGAAAACUACUCCUCUUACGCUUCUGGCAGAGAAAAUAUUAGUAAGGUCAACAUCAACUUCCGUUUGGCUCCUAGACAAAAUGCUUUCCUCUGGGCUAUGGAGUCUAUCAUGAGCAUGUUCAUGGAGAGCGUUGUUGCCCCCGAGGACCGUGUGGAUAUUGUUAUCACUCCAUCUGUUGAGUACGAGCACUUCAUCACUGCCAUUGUCUCUAAGUUGGGCAUGAACCUGUUCAGAAAAACCAACUAUUACUUGUCCUUGACCAGAACCAACGACUCCAGCCUUUUGCCAGAGUCGUUUGUUUUCAUGAGCGAGGCUAACGAGUUCCAGGAAAAGACUUUCACUCAGCAACUUGCAUCCUCCUUGAACCUUUCAAUGGGCUCCUUUUUGAACUUCAUUGCCUUCACUGACCAAGCCCAGGAGAAGCCAGAGGUGCUCCGUGACUUGAUCCCUAAGCGCAGAAUUGUCAUCUCCACGAAGGCCGUGUCUGGUAAGAAACAAUUGGCUGAGCUUUCCGAGGUUGUAGAGGCUGUUCUCGACAUUGUUGACCAAAUUGCUGCCAAGCAGAUCACUUUCAAGCCCGAGGCUGCAAGGAAAAUCAUCAAGGCUAGAGAGGUUGAGAUCGAGAAGAUUCAGAAGGUCCAAGAGCUUGUGAAGCAAGAAGCCUUAGCUGAGGAGAAGGCUGCUAUGAAGAAAAAGGAGAAGGACGAUUUCAAGAAGUUGAGCAGAGACGAGCAGUUGAAGGCCGAGCAGAAGGCUCAAGAUAAGAAGUUGAAGAAGGCUCAAAAGAAGAUGAGAGUCAGAAGCUAG